ACCAGAAGAAUGUGCAGAUAUCUCAUGGAGCAGUGAUGGUUGGCUAUGCUUGGUUACAAAACCAACAGGAGCUAAUUUUGCAGACCAAACAAGCUCUGGUGGAGGCCCAAACCUGCCAAGGGUCCAGCAACGAAACACCACAGACGACCACCCUGGAUCAUUGUCAGUCUUUGCAACGGUUCCUGUGCAAACCACAUGACAAUCACUUAACAGAGAAUUCGAGUUGCAAACUCUGCCCAGAGAACUGGCAGCAUCACAAAAACAAGUGCUACUGGAUCUCCAGAGAGAAACAAACCUGGAACAAGAGUCAGAAUGACUGCACAGCAAAAGGCUCACAGCUUGCAGUGAUACAAGAACAGGAUCAAUAGGACUUCAUAUAUCAUAAAAGUGAAGGGGCACAACUUCUGUGGAUUGGAAUGAUAGCCAUACCCUCUACAAGCAAAUUGGCUUGGGUAGACGGUUCCCCAUUAAACAACACAUUGUUGCAAGUCACAGACCUUGCUCAAGCUAACAGUUGUGGGAUGCUGAAGGGGAAGAGAGUGAUUUCAGAAGCCUGCGGUGUUGUAGCCAAGUGGAUCUGUGAGGCAGAAGCUCUUGUAGUGUAAAUAUUAAAAUAUAUCUAUUAAAAAACGUGUGGGGCCAUACAGUAACCAUGGGAAAAUUCUGUUAUGGUUAUGUAAACUGUUAUACAGCUGAACCAAUUGCUUUGAAAUGUUUUCUCCUGCUGAAAAUUGCUUUGAGUUUUGUUCCUGCUGAAAAGCUAGCAUCCUCUGUUUAAUUAUUUUAGUGGCAAAAAUAUUUGAGGUGCUCCUCCCCCCGCAGCGCCCAUCCAGAGUGAACAAACAGUUUGUUUCAAUAUCAACAUAUUGAAAUCAAUGGACAAUGGGCAUCUCAGUUUUGAUGAACUGCAUCUAUUGGAUGUUUUCCUUUCAAGAACUGCCAGACACAGUGCUAACUCCAGGAUUUGGGGAACCUUUGGCCACAGCAUCCCAUCCACAGUGCCCCCCUAAUCUGGAAGAGGUGGAGCAUGCAAACUAAGACUGCUCAUAGUCUAACUACAUCUGAUUCUUCUUGGGCACUCUGUGCAAAGCGGAGAUGGUAGUACUGUUAGGGUAGCAGUCUCUUGCUGGGGGCCUUAGCAAAUGCUCAAACUUGACACUUUCUGGAGCUGGACAGAACAAAUUCCACCUUUAACUCCACCCUCUCUGUUGUGACUUAUAUCUGAGGUAGCCUCUGCCCCACAUGCUUCUGGAAAGAGACAGGACAGGCUUGAACAUAAGAGCCUGCUGGAUCAGGCCAUAAAAUCAUAGAAUAGUAGAUUUGGAAGGAAGCCAUCGAGUCCAACCUCCUGUUCAAUGGAGGAAUCCAACUUAAAGCUGUCAAAGACCCCCCAGGUCCAUGACCCCUGGUCUUUGCUUCCAAGGCCAAUCCCCAACCCCCUGGGCAUUUGUUCCCGGGCAGACACUCCCCAGGUCUCUCCUUACCAAGGUUAGGUUACAAUCAACAUCAACCCUGUAUGGUAGAUAGACUGCUACCACCCCUUAACCUGGCCUUCCACUCUGAGCAAGGGGAACUCAGAGCACCCACUAGAAUCACAAUUUCCCCAAGACCAAGAAGUAUUGUUAUACUCCUUGCCUGGGAACGUUAUACCUGGAGUAAUAAUCUUUUCUUUAAUCUUUAAGAUUCUUGUUCCUUACUGAACCUUGAUUGUCUGUUUCAUGUCUGUCCUCUUACUCCUCUUCUGAUCGCUUGCUGGAUCUGUGUCCUCCUGAUUUGACUGUGGGCUCUGCUACACCAGGACUGGAUAUUAAUGAGGUGACAAAAUGCCCUGGUUGAGUUGUUUACUGGGAUGGGGGUGAUGCUACAACUUUUUUUUAAUUGUUUUAUGAUGUUUAUAAUAUUGAAAAGUUGUUUUGGCUUGCUGUUAUACUUGUUGUUAUGUUACUGUUUUAUUAUUUUUUGUUAUUAGGAAAUCAUUUUGCAAUUGUUU